AAAAAGGAAGGAAAAGCACCCUGUGGGCGGGGACCACCCCAGCUUUCACGCUAUAAAAUGCUGCAGGUUUCCCUGGCGCGGGGAACGGGCCGGGGGACCCGCAGCGUCGGGGCGGCCGAAGUCAACUUGGGCUUCCACGUUGGGGCCGAAGGUUCGGACGGCGGCGGCGGCAGAGAAGAAGAAGAAGGAGGAGGAGGAGGAUGAGGCCGAGGAGCGGGCGGCGGGCCAGGGCUCGCACGCUCCGCCGGGCUGGACCCGCCUCCCCCGGAGCCCUCUGAAGUGAGAGGAUCCAGAGGGGCUGUGCCCAGCAGCCCUGCCUCCCUCUCCAACAGAACAAUCUGGUGAAAAACCGGGGGCUAACAAAUCACCGGCAUAGAGAUAUAUAUUUAUAGAGAUAUAUUUAUAUAUAUAUAUAGACAGAGAUAUAACCUGAUCCGUCUCGCUCCGUGUGUAUAGAUACAUAUAUAUAUAGCUAUUUAAUUCUUCCAUCUCUCCAGGUCGUGGCUGAAUUAUUUGAUGAUUUUUUAAACAUUUUUUUUCCAAAAUCUCACUCCUUUUUUAUUUUUCCUUUAUUUUCUUUUUCCACCUUCUGCUGCGUGUGGCGUUGCCUGGAAAGCGCAGCAGAGCCGCAGCAUCUGCAUUGGGACUUUUUGGGGGUCUUUAUUUUUUUUUUUCACUCCGGGAUUUUUAUUGGUUUUUCGCGCGUUUUUGGCUGCCCAUUUUCCCUCCCCCCUUUUCUUUUUGGGGUCUGCCUUGGUUGUCUUUUUUCCCCUCUUUUGCAUCGUGUUAUUUAUUAUUUUAAUCAAGUUUAUUCCAAACAAGAGCAAAGUUUUCAAAGCGGGGCAGAGGACAAACUGCUUUUUGCCCCCUUUUUUUUCCUCCCUUUUUUCUUUUUCCCCGUUGUUUUUCUAACCUGCCAGCGGAGAGGGGGGCGAGCCCGGCCCCCCCAAACCCACCCCCCAAGGACCCCCCAGGCAGCCUUUAGCGUACGCUCCGCAAUCGCCUCUCUCCGUGCGUGCGUGUGUGUGGGUGCGAGUGGUGGUGCCUGUCAAAGGGCUGUUUCUCUCCCCACCCUCCUCCUCCUCCUUCUUCCAAAUAUGCUUUUUGCAAGUUUUGAUCUCGUCUCGGCACUGGCUACCCUCGCCGCGUGCCUGGUGUCACUGACUUUGCUGCUGGCCGUGUCCCAACAGCUGUGGCAGCUCCGCUGGGCUGCCACCCGCGACAAAACCUGCAAGCUACCAAUCCCUAAAGGCUCCAUGGGAUUCCCUUUAAUCGGAGAAACCUUCCACUGGCUCCUGCAGGGCUCCUGCUUCCAAUCUUCGCGGCGGGAGAAGUACGGGAACGUUUUCAAGACGCAUUUGCUGGGGCGGCCGCUGGUGCGGGUGACGGGGGCGGAAAACGUGCGGAAGAUCUUGAUGGGCGAGCAUCACCUGGUGAGCACCGAGUGGCCCCGCAGCACCCGCAUGUUGCUGGGGCCCAACACCGUGGCCAACUCCAUCGGCGACAUCCACCGCCACAAGAGGAAGGUUUUCUCCAAAAUCUUUAGCCAUGAGGCACUGGAGAGUUAUCUCCCCAAGAUCCAGCUGGUGAUCAAAGACACCCUUCGGGCCUGGAGCAGCAACCCUGAGUCCAUCAACGUCUACCAUGAGGCCCAGAAGCUCACCUUCCGCAUGGCCAUCCGUGUCCUGCUGGGCUUCCGCAUCCCUGACGAGGAGCUCAGCCGCCUCUUCGAGGUCUACCAGCAGUUCGUGGAGAAUGUCUUCUCCUUGCCUGUGGAUCUGCCAUUCAGUGGCUACAGGAGGGGCAUCCGGGCACGCGAGACACUGCAGAAGGGGCUGGAGAAAGCCAUCCAGGAGAAACUGCAGAACACGCAGGGCAAGGACUAUGCUGACGCGCUGGACAUCCUGAUAGAGAGCGGUAAAGAGCACGGGAAGGAGCUCACCAUGCAGGAGCUGAAGGAUGGCACCCUGGAGCUCAUCUUUGCUGCCUAUGCCACCACGGCCAGUGCCAGCACCUCUCUGAUCAUGCAGCUCCUCAAACACCCCCGCGUCCUGGAGAAGCUGCGGGAGGAGCUGCGCAGCAAAGGCAUCCUCCACAACGGCUGCAUCUGUGAGGGCUCCCUCCGGCUUGACAACAUCAGCAGCCUGCACUACCUGGACUGUGUCAUCAAGGAGGUGCUUCGCCUCUUCACCCCCAUCUCCGGGGGGUACCGGACAGUGCUGCAAACCUUCGAGCUGGAUGGUUUCCAAAUCCCCAAAGGCUGGAGCGUGAUGUACAGCAUCAGGGACACCCAUGACACUGCCCCUGUCUUCAAGGACGUGGACGUCUUUGACCCCGACCGCUUUGGGCAAGGGCGAAGCGAAGACAAGGACGGCAGGUUCCACUACCUCCCCUUUGGAGGAGGCGUACGGACCUGUCUGGGCAAGCACCUGGCCAAGCUCUUCCUCAAGGCACUGGCCAUCGAGUUGGCCAGCACUAGCCGCUUCGAGCUGGCCACCAGGACUUUCCCCAAAAUCACCCUGGUGCCCGUGGUCCACCCGGUAGAUGGACUCAAGGUCAAAUUUUUUGGACUGGAUUCCAACCAGAAUGAGAUUCUGACGGGGACAGAUGCCAUGCUGGGGGCGACGGUGUAGAGCCCAUGCUGGUGGCACCAGGGACGGGCGGCUGGGGGAUGGAGGGGUGGGGUGGGGGCAAGGGGACGAACGGAAGGGGAGGAGAGAAGGGCGAGACGUUUCUCCACGACGCUCGCUUCACAGAGCCUCCGGGUCGGGACUGCUUUCUCCACUGCUGAAGCUGCCAAAACCAUUUUGCUCUUCCCAAGGGGGCACGGAGAAGGUUGGGGUGUCAUCGAGCAUCUCGUUUGGUUCGGAAGAAGGAAGAGUCGCAAAACCCGAGUAGAGCUGGGAUGUCUGACCAUACACAGUAUCUAAAUAUUAUAAAUAUAUAUAUAUAUAUAUAAAUAUCUAUAAAACACUUCUGCUGCCAGGAGGAGCACUGCAAAGGCCCGACUGCGGGAAAGGUUUUGGAAAUCAGUUGGCGAUCAGAGGUCUGGUGUCCCGGGGUGGCUCUCGGGUGGCCUCUGAUCUUCUUUUUUUUAACAGUGUUAAAUUAGAUGGUGAUAACAGUGUUUUGUUUUGAUUUUUUUUGUUGUUUUCCAUUUGCUUGUGUUUUGUUUCGGGGCGUCGGAGGCUUUCCUUCGCCAGGGGGAGACAAGGGACGCCCGUUCCUGGCCCCUCUCCCGCUGGCGCAGGGGUAGCUGGGGAAGGGGGAGCUGCCAUUUCAUCUUUGCUGCGGGACCCAAAAACCCUGUGGUGUCUUGUCCGGGGCCAAUUGCAUGGUGAGCCAUCCCGCUUAGGUCUCGGACAACUGCAUAUUAGCAUUUUGCAAAAUGCAUUUGGGGCUCUGUGGGAGGUGGGGGGGUGUCCUUUUAUUCUCCUCGUUGAGUUUCCUACUGCUGCUACACGGCCUGUGUGCAUCCAUUCCCCUCACCCCGCGGCCCCUCACCAGCCCCUUCCCUGUGCAGAGGCACCAUUUUGGGGGCAUUCUGGUGCCUUUGCUCUCCCUCAAGGUGCUGGCACCAGCCUCCCAACCGCAUGGCCCCACCGACCCACCACGGCUCUGCGAGCACCAGGGCGCUGCGCAAAGCCCCCCCGGCUCAGAGCUGCUUAUUUCAGUGCGUCCUCUUCCAUGGGAGGCAUUUGCAUUAAAGGUGAUCUCCAUAAAUAAGCCAACACAUGCAUUGUUUGUCUCGUGUUUGGGUUUUCUUUGGCGAUGGGAGAGCUCGGCAGGAAGGAGAGUGAGUGGCAAGUUGUCCGCCCUGUCCCACCAUUAAGCUGCUCAAAGCUCCUCCGGCAUAAGCAAGCGGCCACCAAGGUAUCUUGCAUUUGAUUUGCUGGGUGGGUUGGUUUGAUUUGAUUUGAUUUUUUUGGAUGCAAGAGGUUUCUGGGUUGAGUGUGAAUGGGUGGGUUAUGUUGAAAGCAGGCAUAGCCUUGCACGUGGGUGCAGAGCAAAAGCUCCCUGGGUGUUUGGUUCAGACCAGAGCCAAGCACCAGGCUGGGGGAUCCCUCUCUGACUUGAGGCAUCUCUACCCAGCCUCUCCUCUCCCACCUCCUGCCCUCCAAGGUGCAAAGAACUACACAAGGACCAUGGGUGAGACCUCUUCUAACCAUGACGGGCAAAGACCUUGUUCUUGGGUGGGCAGCUUGGCUCUCAGCUUUAAAGGUGUCCAGAUAAGUCAAGAGGGGUUGCAAUGAGAAAGGCAAAGGGGCAGAUGUGGCUUGCCCGGUUGCUUUGCAGGUCGUGCUUUUGACGAGUUGGUGCCUCUUUGGAAGGUCGAAGGAAGUGUGGAGCGAGCGAUGGUGAGUGCUGCCUUUGCCAGCCCGUCGUCUGGUGGGGGCAAGGAGGAGGGGGGCAGUAUUUUUAGCCAGGGGAAGCACUUGAGGUCGAAUUGCCGUCAGCCAAGCUGCCAGAAAACCCUUCAGGAGCAUCCAGGCGCAUGGUCUCCACUCACGCCAAGGUUCACAGCUUGAUUUUCAGGUUGAUUUAACCUGAAAUAAAACUCCCAGUCUUCUAGGACAUGCCAUUCAGACCCAGACUUUGCCUUCUAGUUGGUAAACACGGUGCCAAAUCCAAAAGCAAGGUCUUGGGAGCCUCUGGAUAUGUGCACCAUGUCCCUGAAGAAGACGCUCAGCUAGUUUGCCAGCCUGGAAAUUUUGAGUGAAACAUCUCAAGCUCAGGUGCUGUUGGGUUUUCAGGUAUUUUCCUUGUCCUUGAUAGAGAGAAAAAUUUCUCAGUGAUAAAAGGAGCUUGAUCACAAUCAAAACCCCAAAGGGCAAAGAAACAAAGGAGAACAUAAACCUGAACGUGGUGGGAAGGGGUGAGUCUCCCAGGGGCGAACAUCUGGGGAAAGGUAAGCGGCAUGUGAGGGUGUCCAUGGUCUUUGUGGAUGAUGAGCCCUUCAGGACGUGGAGAUAGGGGUAGAAGGUGGGUGGUCAGCAGUGGGGAGCUGCAGGGUGGAAACCCAUCACAGACCCACCACCGGGUGCUCUCCAGGAGCCCCCGUUUCCAUCUGAGACCUGUCAGGGGAAUAAAACUGUGUUUGGAGGAGAGGAGGCUGGAAAGGGGAAAGAACAAGAAGUUUGGAAGGUCUGGUUAAAGCUUCUCUUGGACUUCAUUUUAGCUUCCAAUGUCAUUACACAGUGAAAACCAAAUGUGCUUUUGAGUGAGUGGCUGAUUGGGGAGUGGUAAUGUAAGAUGCAUACAUCCACUAUAUAUAUAUGUGCUUACAUCGUGUAUAUGUAAUGUUUGUGUGUGUGAGUAUUUAAUCUAGGCAUAAGUAAGUCAUGCUUUUGUUUUUUCAUUCCUAACGAAUAUAACUUGACUAAACAAGUUGCUGCAGUGGGUUUGCAGAAUAAAGCACUUUGAAUCUCAGAAUUUUUGUUUUUCCUUAGCACAGUCCAAUUUGCUAUAUUAUUUUAUACACAAAUUUUUUUUUUUUGGUCUGUCUUUAUAAACUGUUAUAAGUAUUUUUGUUAUAAUUCAAAAUAGAUAUUUAGUAUAAAGUUUUGUUGUUAAAUAUUUGUUAUUUAGUAAAAUAUGUUUUUUUCCCCUCUAUUGUAAACAUUGUCUGGAAAAAUAUUAAUAUGUUUUAUCACAGUUGUUUUUAAUAUUAAAAAAAAAGGAAAAAGCACUUGUGGGGUUUUUCGUUAUGAAAUUGGUGCCGUGUGAACAUAUGUUUCAGUCAUGUGGGUUUUAAUAUGUAUAUAAUAUUAUGUGUCGCAUAUUAAAAUGAAUGUUGUGUAUUUUGUGAUCUUAAAAAAAAAAAUAAUCCAUGUGGCUAUUUUAUAGACUUCCAUAAUAAAAAGAGUUGAAUCUCCAAA